AUGAGCUCCAUGAAUGCCCGCUUCAAGAACCUAGUGGGUUCGAAACGCAAGAGUUCCUCCUCACAGAAUAGUCCCUCGCAGCCGCCGCCGCCAUCGUCCCAGGGCAACUCGGCCCCCCCCACCAGUAGCCAACAGCGCCCAAGCUCGUCCUUGUCACCGCAGAAUUCGAGCAGCUCGUCACUCCCCAUGAACCCCCAGAACCCCUUGGGCCGCCCGCCCUCGUACACAUACGCUCCCCCAGGGCCGGGCGGGCUGGGUGCGCCGCAUCAGCAACAGCAGCAACAGCAACAUGGACGGCCUGCGAGCCCGUUGCCACCCAUCAACACGAGCACGCCAGGCUAUCCGCAGCAGCAACAGCAGCCCGUGGGCUACCCGCCACACGCAGGCCCGCCUGGUUAUCCCCCGCAAGGCCCUCCAGGCGCGCAGUAUGGCCAGCAACAGGGCUACGGGGGUGGUGCGCCUCCGCCUGUGCCCCAUGGUCCGCCCGCGGUAUACAACAGGCCAUCUGGGCCAGCAGAGGUGGCGGGCGAGGGGCGUUCCAAGGCACAGCUCAUUGUGGGCAUCGACUUUGGCACAACCUUCUCGGGUGUCGCAUUCGCAUUCGCAACCAACACCGAGGCCAAGGAAGAUAUCAUCACCGAGUGGCCUGGUGCAGGCAACCAAACAAAGCAGAAAAUCCCCACGGUGCUUUACUACGAUCAGUACCAGAAGGUAGUAGGCUGGGGACCAGACAUUGCCGACGCUCUGGCGCCCACAGGCUACCCCAAGCCUGGCGUGCAAAAGGUUGAGUGGUUCAAGCUGCAAUUGAUGCUCUCUGGCAACACCUAUAUCGACCCCAUCAACCUGCCCCCGCUACCCCCAGGCAAGUCUGAGAUUGACGUGGCCGCCGACUACCUCUUCCACCUGCGACAAGCGAUGCGAAAUCAACUGCAAAAGACGCUUGGUGAAGUCUUCAACCGUGAAGAGCGCAAUAUCCGAUACUAUCUGACCGUACCCGCCAUUUGGAAUGACGCUGGCAAGGCGGCAACGCGUGCUGCCGCCAUCCAGGCUGGAUUCCUCCGUGACGAAAACGAUAACAGGCUAACACUCAUCACCGAACCAGAAGCCGCUGCCAUGUUCUGCUCCAAAACUGGUCUUCUCAACCUCAAGAUUCAUGAUGCUGUGCUGAUUGUUGAUUGUGGUGGUGGCACAGUCGAUUUGAUCGCGUACGAGGUCGAGGAGGAGAACCCUUUCUCUGUCGCCGAGUGCACAGCAGGAUCUGGUGAUUCUUGCGGCUCAACGGCGCUGAACCGAAACUUUAGCAACAUUCUACGAGCAAAGAUUAGGAAGAUGAAACUACCCGAUGGUUCAAAGACGGCCGGGAAAGUGUACGCCAAAUGCAUCAUGGAUUUCGAAAACAGGAUAAAGGCCGACUUCCGAAACAAUGGACAAAAAUGGGCCGUCGAUGUUGGCAUUGAGGCCGAGUUUCCUGAGGCUGGCAUCGAGGAGGGUUACAUGACGUUCACCAACGAGGAGAUUCUGCAAUGCUUUGAACCUGUCGUGAACCGAAUCUUGGAGCUCGUCAGGAACCAGAUUAUAGCCAUUCAAGCGCAAAACAGGGCAUUACAGAACGUGCUCGUGGUCGGUGGUUUCGGAGCAUCAGAAUACCUCUUUCAGCAAAUCAAGCUCCAUGUGCCACCACAAUUCCAAUCCAAGGUCGUCCGGCCCAUGGACUCGGUCGCGGCCAUUGUCAAGGGCGCCGUUACAGCUGGUAUCACCGAACGCAUUGUCACACACCGUGUCGCUCGUCGACAUUACCUCAUGGCAACUCUGCAACCCUUCAAAGAGGGUCAUCACCCUGAACAAUAUCGUGUGCCAUCUCUGGAUGGCAAGGACCGAUGCAAGUACACUCGCCAAAUAUUCGUACAAAAGGGACAAAAAGUGAAGAUUGGCGAGCCAGUCAAAGUCUCGUUCUUCAGACAAGUCGCCCCUGGUGCCACUCUCAUGUAUGAGGAUAUCUUGUAUGCCUGUGACGAUGAUGUUUGUCCAGAGUACACCAAAGAUCCUCGCAUCAAGGAAGUCGUCACCCUCACCUCUGACCUUUCACGGAAGAACCUGGAAAAAGACUUUGAACGUAUGGACACCCCACAAGGUACCUUCUACCGUGUAUAUUUUGACAUUUACCUCACACUCGACGGUUCUGAAUUCAACGCCGAGCUGGUCUGUCAAGGGGAAGUCAUGGGUCGCUGCACAGCUAGAUUCAGGUAA